UUGCAUCCCCUUUACGUCACAUAUUCACUGCAACAUGGCUGCCAUCACAGAGUGUGGAGCUAAUGCAAGUACUUCAGAAAACAUGUCCCUGAAGAAAGCUCUUUCUGCAGCUUCUCCUCUAACCCUGCGUAUCGUUGCUGAAUGUCCAGUGACAAAAGCAAGGGCUUGUGAUAUAAUACUGCCUCACUGUGCCGUGAGUUCCCCGGUUUUCAUGCCUGUCGGCACUCAGGGCACUCUCAAGGGGAUCACUGUGGAUCAGCUGGAGGGUCUUGGCUGUCAGAUUUGUCUUGGAAACACAUACCACCUGGGCAUGAGACCGGGGCCUGAUUUGAUCGAGAAAGCCAAUGGUUUACACGGGUUCAUGAACUGGAAGAGAAAUCUUUUAACUGACAGCGGGGGGUUUCAAAUGGUGUCUCUUGUUGAGCUCUCAGAGGUCACUGAAGAAGGAGUAAAGUUCAAGUCACCCUAUGAUGGCAAAGAAAUCCUCCUAAGUCCUGAGAAAUCCAUCAGCAUACAGAACAGUCUGGGGUCAGACAUCAUGAUGCAGCUGGAUGAUGUGGUCAGCAGUACCGUGACUGGACCCCGGGUGGAGGAGGCAAUGCUCAGAUCCAUUCGCUGGCUGGACCGCUGCAUUGCAGCCAAUAAAAAGCCAGACAAACAGAACCUUUUUGCCAUCAUCCAGGGAGGGCUGAAUGCAGAGCUGCGCAAGGCCUGUCUAGAUGAAAUGACUCAACGUGAUGUUCCCGGUUUUGCCAUCGGAGGCCUGAGUGGAGGAGAGGAGAAGAAUGACUUCUGGCGGAUGGUCACCCUCAGCACUGACCAUCUGCCACGACAAAAGCCUCGAUACCUCAUGGGUGUGGGGUAUGCUGUGGAUUUGGUGGUGUGUGUAGCUCUGGGAUGUGACAUGUUUGACUGCGUGUUCCCCACCCGCACAGCAAGGUUUGGCUCUGCCUUGGUGCCUUGGGGAUCUCUUCAGGUAAAACAUAAGCAGUAUGCCAAGGACUUCCAGCCCAUAGACCCAGACUGUCAGUGCCCCACCUGCAAGAGACAUAGUCGGGCUUACCUCCAUGCUCUAUUUAAGAGUGACACUGCAGCCAUGCAUCACAUAACCAUCCACAACAUUGCCUACCAGCUCACUCUGAUGCGCUCUGUGAGACAGAGCAUUGUGGAAGGCCGUUUCCCUGAGUUUAUACGGACGUUCAUGAAGCGAAUGUUCCCCUCUCCUGACCAGUACCCCAGCUGGGCCGUUGACGCUCUAGCCUCCGUCAACGUUACACUGGAAUAGAACUUGGAAGGCAACUGUCAUGCUCUAAAUGAGGAUGUCAAAUUUUGACUGAUAGAUUACUAGCUUUUUAUAUGACUUUUCUAUUGAUGAUUGUUUUUUACUCUUUUUUUAUAUUUGUAUAUGAAUUUCCAGUUUGUUAGCAAUGAAGAAAAUGGCUCUAGAUCUGAAAGAAUAAAACCUGAUUGUCUUUUGCUUUACUCUUUUGCCUCUGCAAAUCGUCCUCAGAGAGAGACAUUAUGGUAAUGUCACAGAUUGGGGUUUAUAUGAGGUUUGAAAUACAUGAACUAUCUCCUCUGUUAUGCUCAGACACUUUUUGUUGUUACCAUGGCUACAGAGCAAGGCCCACCCACUUGAAAUGAAAUGUUUUGGCUUCCUGUCAACCUGGUAUUUCCUUGUUGCCAAAGGCACAAGAUUAACUAAUGCAUAUGUAUUCUGGUGUUUUAACCUACAUCCUAACAGACUAGUACUUGUAAGAUAACACUUUAAAGGAUAAAUGAAUCUAGCUCAAUACAAAUUGUGUUUUUGUGUAAUGAUGACCACCAGAGGGCAAAAUAGAUACAACUCUAUCAAAGUGUCUGUAAAACUGAAUGUUAUGCAACAUAAGUUUCCUAAUAGGGUUAAAAGCCGUUUUUCUGUUAAAAAAAAAUAGCAUAGUAAGUUUAGGCAUAUGUGCUCAAAUUACUCACAAACUAAACUCAGCAUCCAUCUAAAUAAUCAAUUUUUUUUUUAUCCAGUGUUUGUGUUUUCAUCCAUUCAAUGGGCAAAAAUUAUUUUUGACCCUCUUGAAUGGAGGUUUUGUUUGGAUCUACUUUAUGGUGCUGUGUCAAGGCUUUGUUCUCGCUGAUUAAUAUUAAUCAUUGGAAGUUAAUUUGAAUAACACCUGUUGUCUGUGGCUUUGAGUCAACAGUUCCCUUAAGCACCACAUUUGAAUUUCAUUACGGCUUCUGUUAUGACCACAGGCUCUACAAGAUUAAACCUGUGACAUGUAAUGAGUGGCAGGCAAACUAAUAACAUUGUCUACUGCAAAA